CCUCCAACAUGGCGGAGGUGUCAUCGUUGUCGCUGGAGCACGAGACGCAGAUCUUCCUGGAUCUUUUCCACCAGGACGGGCUGGUGAUCUGUGCCCGCGGGCUGGGCAUCGACCGCCUCCUCCUGCGCUUCCUCCAGCUCUACUCUGUGCCCACCGGCUUGGUCUUGGUUCUGAACACCAGCCCUGCAGAGGAGGAGUUCUUUAUUGACCAGUUGAGGACACGCAAUGUGGCUCACCUUCCUCGGCGCAUUACGAAUGAAAUCCCCAGCAGCAGCCGUUACGAAGUGUACAUGGAAGGGGGCGUCGUGUUUGCCACGAGCCGGAUCCUUGUGGUGGAUUUUUUGACGGGCAGAAUUCCUUCUGAUCUUAUCACCGGCAUCCUUGUGUACAAAGCCCACAGAAUAAUCGAGUCCUGCCAAGAGGCCUUUAUAAUGCGGCUCUAUCGGCAGAAGAACAAGCAGGGUUUCAUCAAAGCCUUCUCUGACAACGCCGUUUCCUUCAGCACUGGCUUUUGUCACGUGGAAAGGGUGAUGAGGAAUCUCUUUGUCAGGAAGCUUUACCUGUGGCCAAGGUUUCACGUGACGGUGCACUCCUUUUUAGAGCAGCACAAGCCGGAAGUGGUGGAACUUCACGUGAACAUGACGCCAGCCAUGCGGGCCAUCCAGAGCUCGAUACUGGAUAUCCUGAAUGCCUGUUUGAGAGAGCUGAAGCACUGCAACCCCGCUCUGGAAGUGGAAGAUUUGUCGCUGGAAAACGCCAUCGGCAAGUCUUUUGACAAGACAAUUCGUCACUACCUAGACCCUCUUUGGCACCAGCUUGGAGCCAAGACCAAGUCGUUGGUGCAAGAUUUGAAGAUUCUUCGGACUUUGCUGCAGUACUUGACCCAGUACGACUGUGUCACUUUUCUCAACCUUUUGGAAUCUUUAAGAGCGUCCGAAAAGGCUUUCGGUCAGAAUUCAGGCUGGCUUUUCUUUUUCUCGAUCUCAAGUGCAAUCUCCAUGUUCUUGGAACUCGGGUCUUGAAAAGUGCAAAAGUACCGCCUUCCAGAUAACAAGGAAAAGAAGAAAAGGAAGGCGCCUGGAAAAGCAGAUGUUGAGGAAGAGAAAGAGCAGAAAAGGGAACUGGUCUUGGAAAACAACCCCAAGUGGGAAGCCCUGCGCGAUGUGCUCACGGAGAUCGAGAGGGAGAACGCCGACAGCAAAGCUCUCGGCGGGCCAGGUGAGGAACCGGGAGGACGGACGCUCAUCUGCGCGGGGGACGACCGGACGUGCGCUCAGCUGAAGGAGUAUAUCACUGCUGGGACCAACGCUUUCUUGAUAAGACUCUACCACAAAACCUUUCGGAAGGACAAGGAAGUCGCGGAAGCAUUCCUGAAGGAGAGGAAGGGGGCCGAGUGCCAGGGCAGGGACGCCGGGGAGCCUUUGCCGAAGAAGGCCAAAAAGAAGUCUUCCAAUCCGAAGAAAAGGAAGAGGAAACCAGAGCUGACUCUCACACAGAUGGUGGGCAGGUGCGAGCAGGAGACUGUAGGGGGCGAGCCCUACGAAGAGGUCAGCAGCGGGCCGGAGAGCGGCGAGGAAGCCGGACCCAAAGACUUCUCUCUAGACCUGCCCUCGGAAUCUUGUUACGGGGUCUUAAAGGAGCCGCUGACCGUCAUCCAUCCCUUGAGCGGCUGCAGCGAUCCCUACGCCCUCACGCGGGUCUUGCACGAGGUCGGCCCCAGGUAUGUCGUCCUGUACGACGCGGAGCUGACCUUCGUCCGCCAGCUGGAGAUCUACAAGGCCAGCAGGCCCGGGAAACCUUUGAGGGUUUACUUCCUUAUAUACGGAGGGUCGACGGAGGAGCAGCGCUACCUGACCACGCUGAGGAAGGAAAAGGAGGCCUUCGAGAAACUCAUUCGAGAGAAGGCCAGCAUGGUCAUCCCCGAAGAACGAGAAGGAAGAGACGAGACCAAUUUGGAUCUAGUGCGGGAUGCUGCUCCCGCUGCCGUUUCCACUGACACGCGGAAAGCAGGGGGCCAGGACCAGAAGAGCGUCCAGCACAGCAUCGUGGUGGACAUGCGCGAAUUUCGCAGCGAGCUCCCGUCUCUGAUCCAUCGCCGAGGCAUCGACAUCGACCCAGUGACCUUGGAAGUGGGCGACUACAUCCUCACGCCCGACAUCUGCGUGGAGCGCAAGAGCGUCAGCGACCUGAUCGGCUCCCUCAAUAACGGGAGGCUCUACGGCCAGUGCGUCUCCAUGUGCCGCUACUACAAGCGCCCUGUCCUCCUCAUCGAAUUCGACCCCAGCAAAUCCUUCUCUCUCACCCCGCGGACGUCUUUCCACCAAGAGAUCUCCAGCAGCGACGUCACUUCCAAACUGGCCCUGCUGACCCUUCACUUCCCCCGUCUCAGAAUCCUGUGGUGUCCUUCGCCUUACGCCACCGCAGAACUCUUCGAGGAGCUGAAGCAGAACCGGCCCCAGCCUGACCCGUCAACGGCUGCAGCUAUUACGGCAGAUUCGGAAAGCCUCCCAGAGUCAGACAAAUACAGCCCGGGCCCCCAAGACUUCUUGCUCAAAAUGCCAGGGGUGAACGCCAAAAACUGCCAGGCGAUCAUGAACCACGUCAAGAGCCUGGCGGAGCUUUUCACUCUGUCUCAGGACAAGCUGGCAGAACUGCUGGGCAAUGCUAUCAGUGCCAAACAGCUCUAUGACUUCAUUCAUUUGCCGUACACAGACGCUACCUCUGAAGGGAAAACCAAGAAGUGAUGAAGUCUAAUGUUGGAGUGCCUUCGGUAACUGCUUUAGUAACUUUGGGGCUCGUCUGUACGUUAGGGGGGGGAAACCAGAUGUUCCGCCUUCCUCUUGGAAUUGUACUGCUUCAGAAUCCAGGUGAAGUGGAGCCAAUUUGAAGAUUAAUCUGUGUCAGAGCCACAAUUUUGAAAAAAAGUAGCACAUAAAAUGUAUUAUACCCUUUGCCUUAAUGCUAAUUUUCUGCAUGCAGGGAUUUUUUUUUAGCGUGUAGGAAAACAAUUCCAAUCUGCCACCUUUCCCUCCUGCAUUUUUAGAAUAUUUUGUACUUUUGUACCAUGUCGUUGAAUAAUUGGCUCUAAGCGGUGUGUCGUUCUGGGAUGUCUUUGGUGUUUUUAGGCAUGCGGGCCUAGAAGCUUUCCGAGAAGUGUCCUACAAGUAUUUACUAGUUGGGAAGAAUCAGCAAGAAAUGCUGCACAUCAGUUGGCCGCACGGUUACGCUUCAGACACAGGAUUGUCAAGUUCAUGGGCCGGGGUUCGAUUUUCCAGGCAGCUGUCCUCCCUGCUCCUCCAAACUAAUUAUGUGGGGUCAAGUUAGCAUCUUGGGGAAUGAAUUAUGAGGGGUCAAGUUAGCACCUUGGGGGACGGAGAGUAAUUUAACUGCUUUUGUGGUCAUUUUCUUUGUGCACACGUCCUAUUUUCUUCUUAGCACCCACCGUCCAAGGCAGGCUGAUGAAAUACCUGUGAAUAAAUUCACUGCCGGUGCUUGGGAUGCC